CUACAAGCAUUUUUGACUGCUUUGACUUUCCGUAGCCAACAUGUUACCAUAGCGACCAUCUAUGGCGUAGACCACGGAAGCGUCUUUGUAACGGUCCCAGGUCAACAUGUCCUUCAGAGACCUAAGAAACUUCACAGAAAUGAUGAGGGCUUUGGGCUAUCCUCGCUUGAUAUCUAUGGAAAAUUUCAGAACACCAAACUUCAACCUAGUUACAGAAAUCCUUAUCUGGCUUGUAAAGAGAUAUGAACCAAACAUUGAUAUUCCCACUGAUGUGGACACAGAGUCAGACAGAAUAUUCUUCAUUAAGGCUGUGGCUCAGUUCAUGGCGACCAAGGCUCACAUCAAGCUAAACACCAAGCACCUCUACCUGGCCGACGGCUAUGCAGUGAAAGAGAUGCUGAAGAUCACCUCGGUGCUGUACAAUGCUAUGAAAACCAAGCAGAUGGCUACGGAGGAUGUGCCGGAGGAAGAGAACAACAAGUUCAAGUUUGACCUCGGCUCUAGGGUUUCUGAUCUUAAAGCAGCUCGUCAGCUGGCAUCUGAAAUCACAACCAAAGGAGCAUCUCUGUUUGAGUUACUGGGAAAAGAAGCGGAGCUCAGGGAAAUGAGAACCGCUGCCAUUGCUCGACCUCUCGAGAUCAAUGAGACUGAAAAGGCACUGAGAGCUGCUAUCAAGGACACCCUGGAAAGUGUGGAAAAGACCAAAGAGAUGUUAAAUAAUGUUGUCUCAGACGAGAGCAGCCUGGACGCAAAGAUAGAGAAGAAGAAACAGGACCUGGAGAGGCAUCAGAAGAGGCUGCAGACAUUGCAGAGUGUCAGGCCAACAUUCAUGGAUGAAUAUGACAAGAUAGAAGAAGAGCUGCAGAAACAAUAUGAAAUCUUUGUAGAGAAGUUCAGAAACCUCAGCUUCCUGGAGUCCCAACUGGAUGAGUACCACAGGCUGGAGCAGGAAAGGUUUGAGGAGGCUGAAAACACUCUGAGAAUAAUGCAACACAAACUGAAGGAGGACGAGAAAGAUCUGAUGAAGAGCUCCUUGAAAGACUCUGACUCUGACUUGGAUGUUCCAGAGGACGAAGGGUCAGACAGCGACCUUGAAGAAUCUCGUCCAUCUAAGCCACGGCCCACAAGAAACAGCCUCAUGGCAGGGAGAGGCGCACGCUUCAUUGGAAACAUGCAGGGCGGUGACAGCGAUGAGACUGACAGUGAGAUUGAUGCUGAUGAGGAUGAUGAGGAAGACGAGGACGGUGAGGAAGAGGAGAGCAGGGACUUGGAGGAUGACAGCUUAGAGCUCCCGUUGUCGAGGAGUAAUCGUCCUUCUAGGGGAGGCGUGAGACCACCUCUGCUGGAAGAAAGUGACGAGGACUUUUGAGUUAGGAACGUAAUCAUGUGCUGCAACACUUUUGUAUCCUAGCUGAAUUUACACAAUUUUAUUACUUCCUGAUACUUCCUUGAUAUUUAUAUAAACUACUAAUAAAACUGGAAUAUCUAUUUGAA